AUUCCUUUGAUGUUAUUAAUUGGCUAUGUAUUUAUUUGGACCUCACCCUAAAGAUAUGUGUAUAUCUUCACAAGGCUAUCUCUCUUUGAUUUCAAAAAAAAAAAAAAAAAAACAGAAAAAAAAAAGAGAACAAGGCUAUCUUUCUACGGCCAAUGUUCAAUCUACCUAGGCCACUAGUUAAGCAUGCUAUGCCUUUUUCUGUCUUUCUAGUUUGCAUUUUUAGCAUUCCAUUACUACAAUUGAUCUCCACUACUUCAAUUCCCUCCUACAUUCAUCAAGAGCAAUUAAUCACCAAGAUCAUAUAGAUCCAAUAUAUCCAAUCCCUUCCCCUUCAUCUUCCUCUGCAAUAAUCCUCUUAAUCUUCUCAUUCAUGCCAAUGAUACAACCAAAAUGGCAAAGUUAGGCGCCUAAUCACCACUUUUACUAUUUUUAUCCAAAAAUAGCAGUUACUUACCACUGGCCACCAUUGCCCCCACUUUUCCCGGGAAAAAAAAUGCAGCCAAAGCCAACUAAUCUCCUCCUUUCCCUCCAUAUUCAAAUAAAUACAAAAAAAUCCAUCAAAUUAUUAUUAGUAACAGUUAAUCACAACCACUGCAAUUUUGCAACCUCCAUCUCGUCGCCAUGGCGUCGUCGCCGCCGCUUGUCGCCUGCGUCCUCCUCGCCGCCGUCGUUUUCACCGCCGUGGCGCCGCCGCCGGCGGGCGCCGUCUGCGUUCCGCGCAACGGGAAGGCGGCGCCGGGGAAGCCCGGGAUGUCACCGGCGCCGCCGAAGAAGCUGACGCCCGCGCCGCCGACGACGCCGCCGCCGAAGGCGAAGCCGAUCCUUCCCGGCCCCGGCGGCGACCUCGUGAAGGCGCUGUGCGCGAAGACGGACUACCCGGUGGUGUGCCAGAUGACGGUGGUGCCGCCGCCGGCGGCGGGGGCGGCGGCGAAGCUGGACGCCACGGCGGUGCUGCGGCUGGCGAUGGGCGCGGUGCGCGCCAAGGCGGCGGCGGCGAAGAAGGCGGCGGGGGCGCUCGCCGCGGACGCGAGGACGCCGGCGCUGGCGAAGCCGGUGCUCCGGGACUGCAUGGACUCGUACGACGACAUCGCGUACAGCCUCGACGAGGCCGACAAGGCCAUGGCCGCCGGCGACAAGGACACGACGGGCACCAUGCUCGACACGGCCCGCACCGACGUCGACACCUGCGACCAGGGCUUCGAGGAACGCGACGGCGACAUCCCGCCGCUCAUGUCCAAGCAGGACGCCGAGCUCGCCAAGCUCGCCAGCAACUGCAUCGCCAUCGCCGUCGCCGCCGGCCUCCGCUCCAGCAGCUAGACGCACGCCGCCGGCCGGCGACCGAUCGAUAUGAUCCUAUAUAUAGUAUACUACUACGUACAUAUAUAUAUAUAGCGAUAGAAAGAAAACCUAGACUUUGGCACCUUAAUUAUUAUUUCCUACGUUUCAGGUUAUAAGAAUUUUUAGUAUUGCUCACAUUUAUAUAGAUGUUAAUAAAUCUAAACACACA